CGGACCACAAACACUCGGAUCAAGAUGGCGUCUUCCAUGAGUGGGAUGUUUCCCGGCCAGCAGCCUCCCGGUGCGCACCCCGUCGGAGGUCCCGGUGGACCGGGUCAGCCGGGCUUCCCCGGUAGCGCAACCAGGGUCCCAGGAAACAACACACUGGUGGAUGAACUGGAGGCUUCGUUCGAGGCAUGUUUUGCAUCCCUGGUAAGCCAAGACUAUGUUAACGGAACAGACCAGGAGGAGAUUCGAACUGGUGUGGACCAGUGCAUACAGAAGUUCCUGGACGUGGCCAGACAGACAGAGUGCUUCUUCUUACAGAAAAGGCUUCAGCUGUCUGUGCAGAAACCAGAGCAGGUGGUGAAAGAGGAUGUGUCAGAGUUGCGUAAUGAGCUACAGAGAAAAGAAUUGCUGGUUCAGAAGCACUUGACCAAGCUACACCACUGGCAACAAGUGCUGGAGGAUGUGAGCGUUCAGCAUCGAAAACCCUCAGACCUUCCGCCUCCUGGACCACUGGCCUUUUUGGAGCAGGCCUCAGCUAGUCUACCCCCUGCCCCUUUAAAACCAAACUAACACACCAGAAGUGCAGUCACAGUAGUAAAAAAAACCAGCCCCACACUGACAGAUGUGCUGACCAGUGAAUCGGCAAACGCAGGAAUAAUGACCUUUCUACAAUGUUCACAUCUGUGCGGUCAAAGUUCAACCAAGGUGAACUCAGACCCGAAAGUGCAGCACAGCUGAUGGAAGAUGGCAUCCCAACUGGAAAUUAAUGCUUGCAUUCAUCAAGUGUUCAGCUUAAUUUGAAGUAAACGGGCAAUAGAGUUAAAAUUUCUGCGACAAAAGUGUUACGUGACCGUACCUAAACGCUAAGGAAGAAUACAACACAUGUGACAUUCACUGUCAACUUGCAUCUAAACUGAAGAACAGUUUGCUGGAGCUGUGAGGGAAUUAUGACAUAGUUGCUUUUCUUUCUUUCCUGUAUUUUGAUUAAUGUAAAUAUUUCCUCUGCAGAUGUUUUUUACUGUAAAAAUAAAUUUGUGAGUAUUUUGAAUCUGGA